AUGCAGUGGGAAGACGCCGUGCAGAGGAUAACAGAAAAGGCAAACAAAAUAGAAAGCGCCUUGGCGCACAGCACCCGCAUGGAGACCCUAGAGGCCCUGCUUUCUGAGCUGCAGCAAGACAUGCAAAACUGCAAAAGCGUCAUACUUGGCGCUGCAGACGGGCCAAGCAUAUACUCGCAGAUGGAGAGCCGGGCCCGGGUGCUCUCCCGAAGGGUGAACAUUGUAAAAAUGGCGUACCAGGCGGAAGACUCUGGCGCAAAAAUGCGGCAGCACUCUGCAGGAGACUGCCACAUUUCCAGAGGCACUGAGAAGCUAAACAAAUACAUAAAGAUUGCCUCGCACUCUCUGAGCUCCAUAGAAAAGCAAAGGAGCAUCCUAAAAGGCAGCCGGCAGAAGCUAGAGGACGGCCUGCAGUAUUUAGGGCUCUCUGAUAAAACGAUCGACCGAAUUUCCAACAGGUAUCUAUCGGACUACCGGCUCUUCAAGGCCCUUACUGCCGUGUUCAUACUCCUGUUUAUAUACGUAUUUAUUUUCCGAGGCAAGAAGUAG